UAACAUUAACACUAACACUAACACUAACACUAACACUAACAUUAACACUAACACUGACCCUGCCCCUUACAUUUGUCCACCCAAUCACAUUAAAGAAAAAUGAAAAAAACGUUCUGUACAUAAAAAGAGCCGAUUCUGCUGCACAAACAUUAGCAGCAGUCUGGAUGGGAGGACUUUGAUUUUGGGGAUUUUCACUGGUAGUUCUGGUCCCAGUGGUUCUGGUCCCAGUGGUUGGGGGUCAGGGAUAUGGAGCGUCGUCAGAGUCUGGAGGAGCAGCUCAGGUGUCCCGUCUGUCUGGAUGUCUUCACUGAACCACUCAUGUUACAGUGUGGACACUCCUACUGCAGGUGUUGUGUGCGCUCCAUGACGAUGGACCUGCUUGGCCAGUUGCAGUGUCCUGUGUGUCGCUGUGCAGUGGAUGGAGACAGUCCUCCUCCCAAUGUUAGUUUGGCUCGAAUCAUUGAAGCUCUGCAGGAAGUGAGUGUUUCAGAUGGAGCUCAGCUGGAGUCGUGUCCUCAGCAUCACAAUCCACUCAGCCUUUACUGUGAGGACGAACAAACAGUGAUCUGUGGUUUCUGUGGAAGCAUCGGCGCUCACCGUGGACACAAAAUCACACCUGUGAGCUCCGUCUACAGCCGCAUGAAGGAGGACAUUUCAUGUCUAAUGACAGAGUUUCAGCAUCAGAAGCGUAAACUGGAGGAUCAGAUCUGUAAGAUGGCGUACAACAAAUCCAGGAUCACUAACGAGUCUGAUGUGUUGAAGUGGGUGGUGAGGAAGGAGUUUGGUGAACUACAGCGUUGCCUGGAGGUGGAAGAGGCAGGGUUCAUGCAGCAAGUGGAGACGUCCGCUGCCGUACUCAUCUCUUCCCUUCAGAACCAGACGGACCAGUUAAACCAGAACCUGAACCGGCUGCAAGAGGCCCACAACACCCUGCAGGACCUGAGCAAUGAGGGACACCUGGACUUCAUCAUGAAGUAUGGAUCAAUCGCUCCGAGGUUCAGAGAGAGUCAGGAGCUCCAGCAGAAGGAGGAGAGGCUCUUCAGCUCCGUCAACUUCAGACCAGGGUUCAACCACAAUGACAUCAAACUCACCGUGUGGAAGAGACUGCACAGAAAAGUCCUGCCAGCUCCAGAGCUGUUGAAGUUAGAUCCUCAGACGGCUCACCCGAUGUUGGAGCUCCAUCAUGGGGACACGGUGGUGGCCUGUGGGGCUCUGCUGCGGAGACUUCCUGAUAAUCCUGAGAGGUUCAGUUACAGUUACUGUGUCCUGGCCAACCGAGGCUUCUCUUCAGGAAAACACUACUGGGAGGUGGAGGUGGGUAACAAACCAAAAUGGCGUCUUGGUUUGAUCAAAGGAACAACCAAUCGUAAGUCCAAGCUGGUGAAGAACCCAGAAAGUGGAGUGUGGCUGAUCGGACUGAAGGACGGAGUUUAUGAAGCCUUCACGUCACCCAGAGUGGUCCUGCCAGUGUUGGCACCCCCCCACCGGCUGGGACUGUUCCUGGAUUAUGAGGGUGGAGGUCUGACCUUCUAUAACAGUGACAGUCCUGACGAGCUGGGCUUCAUCUACAGCUUCAGGCUGGAGGUCCAGGGGAAAGUCUACCCCCUGCUGGACGUCUGCUGGCACGACCGAGGAGACAACAAACAGCCCCUGGUCCUCCCCCAGCUGCACAGGGAGCACCUCCUCCCCCUCCCCCAGCCCCAGAAACAGGACAAGUGACAGAGAGUACUCCUUUAUCAAACAGGUGUGAGUCAGUGUC